UAAUCCAUCUUUCACAUCUAAAUAGGACCGCCGAUUACCAUUCUACCCUUCACAUCCAUCUGCGCUUCAUCGGUUUUCACUCGAUCAGCUGCAAAAAUUCAUCGCAGCAGGCAACCGCUUCACACAUGCGCAAAUCCUUUCCUCCCAUGGACUGCAGCUCCGUUACCGACUAUGGCCUUGCACCUUCGCCGUCAAUCGUAGGUGAUUUCCUCAUCCUCCUAUUCUUUUUCUUUCUUCUUUCUUCCUCUUCCCCUGGUGCACUUCUUCCCCCUCAUGCACUCUGUUUUCUGUUUUUUUCUUCUAUUCAUCUACUACCUUUUUAAAUUCUAAAUAAGUUUUUGGAUAUUAUGUAUUGAUUUGGAUUGUUUUGGAUUUGAAUUUUAUUUUUUCAGAAAAAAGCCACUUUCAUAAUCUGAGAAUGUCAAAAGUAUUGGUUAUUUGAAAAAAUGUCACGUUUGUGAUAGUACAUUGUAUGAGAAUAGCAAUUUGAGAAUGUCACAUGUAAAUAAGAAAAUGUCAUUAACAUGUCAUUAUUCAUAUCAAGUGGCAUAAAGUUAGUAAGAAAAUGCCAUUAACAUGUAAAAGUUAAAGUUCAGUAAGAAAAUAUCAUCUUUAUAAAGUUAGUUGCAUAAAACUGACAUUGUUUUGUGAAACGGAUAAAAAUAUGACAUUCUAGAGUUUUAUAGUUUCAAAAUGAUAUUGUCAUCUUAAUAGGUGCAAUGCCAUAAAGUGACAUUUUUUCUAAGUAUUAUUAUUUUUAUUUCAUUCUUAAAUUCAAGAUUAAUCAAAAUCAAUAAAUAAGAUUCAAAAUCAAAGAAGAAGAAAACAGAGGACAUUGAAGAAGAUGAGAAGAAGGAGAAGGAGAAGAAGAGGAGGAAGAAGUGAAGAAGAAUGAAGUGCUAUUUGAAAUAGGGAGCUACUUCCUCCUGCAUGACUGCAUCUGAUGGUGAAAAAUUCUUGAGCAGACAUUUUUUGGAUGGCAGUAAAGAAGCUUCAUAGACCAAGAUUAAGAUGGGAGCAAAGCUUGGCCGAAGAAUUCAACGGGGCUAGAGUCUUCUCAAAAGCGCAUGCCUGGGAGAGCCUGGGAGAGUUAGUUUUAUUUCAUUAAGGGUAGUUUUGUCAGAUUACCUCUUUUUAGUCCUAUUUUUGUUAAAUAAAAUAUAGUAGUCUUAUUCUUUGUUUUGAAAUUCUAUUAACUUUUAGUACUAUGUAUAAGCAAAAUUGCCAUCUAAUCUUAUACAGUAGAACUCUUGUGGAUAUAAUAAGUAUGAGAAUUUGUAGUUU